AUGUCGUCGGCCCUCAACGCGAUUAAGAUCCGUCGCAAGAAGAAUGUCAAGAAGGGAAUCCAGUUCUGCCUGAUGGUGUGCGGUGCCAGUGGAACAGGACGCACAACUUUUGUCAACACUCUCUGCGGAAAGCAGGUUCUGGAGGGCAAGGACGCCGACGAUGCUGCCAACGCUCACCUCGAGGAGGGUGUCCGUAUUAAGCCCGUUACCGUCGAGCUUGAACUCGAUGAGGAGGGAACCCGUAUCUCCUUGACCAUCGUCGAUACCCCUGGGUUCGGUGACCAGAUCGACAACGAGGCCAGCUUCGGUGAGAUUGUCGGCUACCUCGAGCGCCAAUACGAUGAUAUUCUUGCAGAGGAGUCCCGGAUUAAGCGUAACCCCCGCUUCAGGGAUAACCGAGUCCACGUUCUGCUCUACUUCAUCACACCCACCGGUCACGGUCUCCGUGAACUUGAUAUCGAAUUGAUGAAGCGCCUCUCUCCCCGUGUCAACGUCAUUCCCGUCAUCGGAAAGGCCGACUCCCUCACCCCCGCAGAAUUGGCCGAAUCUAAGAAGCUGAUUAUGGAGGACAUCGAACACUACCGCAUCCCCGUCUACAACUUCCCCUAUGACAUCGAGGAGGAUGACGAGGACACCGUGGAGGAGAAUGCCGAGCUCCGUGGACUGAUGCCUUUUGCCAUUGUUGGCUCGGAGGAUUUCGUGGAGAUUGAUAACAAGAAAGUGCGCGCACGACAGUACCCAUGGGGUGUUGUCGAGGUUGAGAACCCUCGUCACUCUGAUUUCUUGGCUAUCCGCAGCGCCCUGCUGCACAGCCACCUGGCUGAUCUGAAGGAGAUCACCCACGACUUCCUCUAUGAGAACUACCGUACCGAGAAACUCAGCAAGAGCGUCGACGGUGCUACUCCUCCCCAAGACUCUACCAUGAACCCCGAGGACCUUGCAUCUCAGUCAGUCCGCCUCAAGGAGGAGCAGCUCCGCCGUGAGGAGGAGAAGCUGCGUGAGAUUGAGCUCAAAGUACAGCGCGAGAUCGCCGAGAAGCGGCAGGAGCUGCUGGCUCGCGAGAGCCAGCUCAGAGAGAUCGAGGCCCGCAUGCAGCGCGAACAGCAGAGCCAGGGCAAUAUCAGCGAGGCGGCUGGAGAGGCCUAG